AUGGAAUCACUCUACGGCACAAACAUUCCUACUGCUGUACUCAGCGGGGUGGCAAUGGUUUGGGCAGGCGCAUUAAUUGUGCUUGACAAGAGACACGCCAUACGCCAUACGCUGACCAUGUUGUCAGGAGCUUGUUUACUCGCUUCUCAAAUAUUCGACUUCUUUUAUAUGUUGGGGGGUGAAUUGUUUCCGCUCUUUGCUGCAACGGCACGAUACUUACUCUGGUGCAUCUCAUACACUGUCAUACUCGAUUGCGUACCUGGCCCAAGGCGAUCAUUGCAGCGUAUUAUUCCAAUCAUAGCAUACACCUGGAGUGCUAUUGGCAUAAUUAUCAUGAUCGUAUAUGCUAUCAUGUACGCUACCAGUGGAUUCUACAAUGAUGCUCUCCCCAUCUUCUCAAGGAUAGGCUGGUAUGGAAGUGUACCACUCAUACUUGGCUUAUACAUCUUAUCAUUUUCGCAAGACUACAAGAUGGCCGUACGCGAUUUUUGUCGUUCGUUUGCUAUCUACAUUUUACUUCUCACGGUCGUCAGUGCUGGUGUGAUCAUUGGGACAGUUUCUUUCUUGGCUGGCAGAAUUCUCGAUUGCGUCGUCAUGUCAAUAACACUCGUCUUCGUAUGCUAUUGUGCACCAAGAUGGGUCGGCGUCAAGCACGAUCGCUUGGCGGAUCGAAGUGAUGAUGAAGAGGAUAAUCCCUUUGUACAAGAUGGCACCCAAAACCCGGAUACCAGAUAUGAUGGUCACACCCAAAAUCCAAAUUACAGAUAUGAUCCAGACGACGUGUAUACCAAGGAAGCUCAAGAUCUAGAUCGCUACUAA